UGCGCAUUAAUUGGGAAGCAUCCGCGCAACGAACAGGUCUGGCCGAGCUGCAAUGUCUCUAGCAAAGGGGAUCAAGGUCCAGCCCUCCAGAUUCUCCGCUCUAAACAUCGACUCGGACUCUGAUAGCGAAGUGAGCGGAGUGGAGUGGCUGGAGGUGGUCGGAAAGGGCUCCAAGUCAAAGGGAAAAGACGGAGCGGCGCAAGCACAGCAUAGAGAGGCGGUAAGUGGAAAUCGCCCGCUCUCCAAGAGUGCUAAGAAGCGGGCGAGGAAGAAGAGAAACCAGCAGUCAGAGUCAAAAGGUGCAGGAGGUGAGGAGCAGGAUGGCGUAGAGAGAGGUGAGGGUCUCGGGAGCGAAGAUCAGGCACGGCAGGAGAGAGAUGGUGUAGCUGCAGACUUAGAGUUUCAGAGAGAGCUCGAGGAGGCAAUUUUGCAGAGCAAGAUAUCUGCCGAGAAAGAACAGGAGAUCGAGAGACAGAGAAAGGCAGCGUUUGCUCUGAAGAAACAGUCAAAGAAGGGAGUGAAGAUGUCAUUGCAGUCUCUCCACAGAGGAGAUCUCAUCUCAGACUCUGAAAAUCUUAAAAGCCCUCAGGUAUAGCACGUAUAUGUACGUAUAAGCCUACAGUUGUUAUGGACUGGAACACUGAACACUCAUAAAAUUUGUGUUGUACAUGUUUGCUUGCUUGUAUCUGUGAUACAGAAUAAAGGUGAAAUACAUGGUAUUAUAGGGAAUGCAGUGGCAGUGUAUACGUAAGUGCUGAAUUGUUACUAAAAAUAGAUCUUAACAAUAGGGCCCAGUGCCAAAAUGCAGUUUCGUUUCUAUUUUCAGUAACAUUCUAAAUUUAGCCCAUACACAUAAUUAUACUGCCGCAUUCCCUUCAAUGUUCCUGUGUUUCUGUAGGUUUCAGAGACGGUGAACGAUGACUCGGCAUUUUUCGAGCGUCUUGGUCAGGACGUGGAGCUGGAGAUGAAGAAGCAGCCGGAGAGACGAGUCAGCGAGUCACUAAUGUCUCCCGGUUGAGGAGUCGGCGAGAGUGGCUCACGCGAUGGACGAACUGGAGAAGAGAGACAAGACCAUUGUUAGUCUCAGAACAGAGAACAAAGCUCUCAUGGAUCAAAUGAAGGAGGUGAAAGGCCGAAACCAGAAACUAUGCAAGAUAUUAGGACAGGGAGAGUUUUCAACCAAGACACAGUUACUGGAGCAGAUUGAAGAGCUUACAACCGUCAAGAAUGAACUGACAGCAGAGGCAAGGCAACAGAAAUAGCGCUCUCGUAGACUCUGCUGCUAACAUGAAGCUUUUCCCUACAGGUGGAGCGUCUUCAUUCACUGUUGGAACAGGAGAGAUCUAGAAACAAGUUACUACAAGCAGAGCUCACGAAACACAACUCAAAGGCCGGGAAACCACGCCAUAACUAGUAUAUACACCUCACUGCAUUCACAUUUUGUUGUCAUGCUAUAUAUACCUUU